AUGAUACUCCCUCCAAUUGGAGUCAUCUUCAACCUUUUCCAUAUCAAAGUUCUCCUCCACAAGCAACUACGCUCUACUGCACUAUUCAAAUUCUUACUGGCUAUCAGUCUCUGUGAUUUCACUUAUCUAUUGGUUCAAUUUAUUGAGGAAUUCUUCAUUUUUUACCUUCGAGUCAAAUUUUUCAAAUUGAAUUCUAGGUUUUGUGACGGCUACGACUCAUAUCAAAUGCUAGUGGUAAGACUUGCCCUAAUCACAAUUCGCCGUGCUUCCUCCACUGCUAUCAUCCUUCUUUGCCUUGGAUUAGGAGCCUAUCAAAUUUCAAAAUUGAUUUUCUUAGCGGAUUUAUUCCAAGACAAACCUCCUAAACACUUUGUGAAGCUAUUCUCCUGGACCGCACUUUUUUCUCUAGUCUUGCAAUAUUUCAUAUUUUUCUACAGUGCUUCUAUUUAUGAAAACCAGGAUUGCUUUAGAUCAAAACGGAAAAAUAUCGAGAAGCAGUACUCGUAUAUUUUUGUAAACGAUGGAGAUCUUAUUAUUGGAUUUUCAAGUUUAAUGCUGGCUACAAACGUUAUUCAUCCUAUUGUCUCUGUGCUAGUUAUGUAUUAUCUGUUGAAGUGUACAAAGAAGGCGGAGGACAGAACUACAGUCAAUACUAUCUUCCUGUGUUUAUUCUUCAUUUUCCUCAACUCUCUAACUGAUAUUUGUAUGGCUCUUAUCGGAUAUUCUUCCCUAUUUUUCGAAGCGCUUGUCGAUGCUGGAUCUAUAGCAAUCUUUGUUGUCCUACAAGGAGUUCUGACAAGUGCUUUGACCAUGUUCACUUGCUCCAUCAGAUGGAUUCUUUGCAUUUUGUUGUCUCCUGAGUACCGAAAGUUUGCGUUGGGGAAGAAUAGGAAUACGGUUGGUAUUCCAAACUAA